CCCCAUGCGUUAUAAGAGCGUGGAUGGUCACAGGAGAGGGGAAAGUUAGCUCGGGCUGCACCAUGGUUCAUCACUCAGCCGGUCUGCUGCCGCUGCUGCUCAUCUGCCUGGCAGGUUUUUCUGCCAGUGAAACUGAGCAGGGUGGAAUCAGAGCAGACACCCCGUAUGGGCCGUUCGCAUUGGUGAUAGAUGGGGUCAGCGUGGUGACAGUGGGAAUCCCGUACGGUUUCAACUGCUUUGCCGAGUGCGAUCCGAGUUGCCGGUUCACCUGGACCAGGGGUAACGUGACCUCUGAGGGGUCGCAGCUGAGCCUGACGCUUCUGCACGUGGAGCCCACGCAGACCCUGACCUGCACGGCGGUCAACCCUGCGACGGGGAGGUCGGCCUCCGCGGAAAAGACGCUGCAAGUGGCGGCCGGGCCGGAGAACAUACAGAUCAGCGGCCCGCCCAUGCUGACUUACGGUGCUGCAUCCGACUUCACCUGCUCUGCUGACUGCUACCCCUCUUGCACCUACUCGUGGACCGUUAUCUUAGAAGAGGAGGUUUUCAGCACGGCACAAGGCAAGACGAUCUCCGUCUCUCCACCCGCCAGCGGCAUCGUUUCAGAAACUCUGAUCUGCGAGGCUCAAAACGCCGUCUCGCAGCUCUUCAUCUCUACAGUUCUCAAUCUGUGGGUGGCAAGUUUAUCUGACGUUAGCAUUGCUGGUGACAGUACCGUGACAUUGGGCCAGAAGUACAUAUUCACAUGCUCUGCAUUGUGUGUACCGCCCUGCAUCUUCACAUGGAAGUACAUGGGGAGGACUUUCAAGGGACAACAAAUCCAGUUACCAAUCUUAACCGAAGGGAAUAGUACAAAAUAUGAAAAUCAGCUGGAGAUAACUUUUCGUGAAUACUCAAAAAAUGAGCCUCUGAUCUGUGAAGCCACUAACGCAGCAUCUCAUGUUACAUCCACCGCCAUUAUGGACUUAACUGUCAUCAAUCCCAUUUCUGUCAGGCCGGUUUCUCAGACUCCGCCAGUGGAAGGACACCCUUUCAUUCUCCAGUGCGUCGGCACUCAGAACCCUGCCUCCAUUCUGUGGCUGAAGAACAACCAACUACUGACGGCAUCUAAGACAGUGAUAUUCUCGCCUGACAACAUUACGUUGUACUUCCCUCAUGUCCUGCCGACAGAUGUUGGUUUAUACAAGUGUGUGGUGAUAGAGGGGGUAGCCCCCAUCCAGGCUGUUGGCUACCAAUUGCAAAUAAACUAUGGACCAGAAAAAGUGGCAAUAGUGGAACCAAACAAAGGGCCGUUGGGAGAUGUGACGUUCGCUCUGCCUGGAUCAAUGACAGUGCUGCAGUGUUUGGCGGGCUGCUUCCCCGUCUGUUCCAUUGCCUGGUUCUACAACGGCACUCUCCUCUCCAGAAAUACCUCCAUACUCUUCACACCUAUAACCUCUUCGUACAAGGCUACUCUUACCUGUGAGGCUUUUAGCGCAGCGACACAGAAAACUGAAACAGCCAAGACCACAGUCAUAGUGCCUGACGGACCAAAGAACGUGGUGAUUUCAGGGCCAGACUCCCUUCAAGUCGGAGUCACGACAACCUUUAAGUGCACGGCUGAGUGCACUCCACCCUGCUUCAUCACAUGGAACGUGUAUGGGAAGAACGUGACGAGUCCCACGAUUGACAUCACUGCGAGCCGCCAAGUUGCCAGUGAGUCCAUCAGCUGCCACGCCGAGAACGGCGUCAGCGGGAAGACAGUGACGGUCCGCAAGACCCUGAGUGUCUACGGUCAAUGGUGUGGAUGUUGAGGCACUGGAAGAACUGCGCUCCAACUGCAAAACAGUGUUUUUAUCUGCUCUCCAGACGGCAGAGAUCACACAUAUACUUUGGUUAUCCCUUCAUCAAUGACAUAUUUGUUCAAGUAUUGUGUUCUCUGAUUGCGGGCGACUUGAGACCUGACCAGGGUGUUUCCCUGCCUUUAAUGCAACGUACACUGGGACAGGUUCCAACAACCUAUAGCAAGAUUAGACAAGUGGGGGGAUGGGGUCGAGCUGUAUAGAUUGUGUGCCUUCUUAAGGUUUGGAUAAGAGACGGCUAAUCUAAUUUUCUGUUCUCAUUUGUCUUCACUAAACAAUAUCAACUGUUAUCCUUAAUAAAUGCUGAGCUGCAAUACA